AUAGAUUAUUUAUUUUACCCGAAACCCUAGUAUCCAUCAACUCUAUUCUCCUGCACAAGCGAAAUCCUAGCCGCUCUGCUCAGCUCGCCAAUGGGGGCUUAUAAGUACGUCUCGGAGCUAUGGAGGAAGAAGCAGUCCGAUGUGAUGAGGUUUUUACAGAGGGUGAGGUGCUGGGAAUACCGCCAGCAUCCGGCAAUUGUUAGGGUCAACCAUCCUACUCGUCCCGACAAGGCACGCAGAUUGGGUUACAAGGCCAAACAAGGGUUAUGUGGUUACCGUGUCCGUGUUAGGAGGGGUGGCCGCAAGAGGCCUGUUCCCAAGGGUAUUGUGUACGGUAAGCCCACAAACCAGGGUGUCACCCAAUUGAAGUUCCAGCGCAGCAAGCGUUCCGUUGCAGAGGAGCGUGCUGGUCGAAAAUUGGGAGGUCUCAGGGUGGUUAACUCGUACUGGAUCAAUGAGGAUUCUACUUACAAGUACUUUGAGGUUAUCUUGGUGGAUGUUGCACACAAUGCCAUCCGCAAUGACCCAAGAAUUAAUUGGAUAUGCAAUCCAGUUCACAAGCACAGAGAACUUCGAGGACUCACAUCUGCUGGAAAGAAAAACAGGGGUCUGCACGGCAAGGGUCAUCUGCACCACAAGAACCGUCCUUCUCGCAGGGCAACCUGGAAGAGAAACAACACUCUUUCCCUUCGUCGCUACCGCUGAGUUAGUGUGUUCCUGGACGUUUUCCUGCUUCCCUUGGUUUUAGAAGUCGUCAUGUUGAGUUACAAAAUUUUCUAAGUUCUAAAGAUUUUGAGUCUUUGAAUAUUACAUGCAAUUUGUUUUGUUUGAGAUUCUAUGAAUCUCUUAAGUUGUUGCUACUUGCUUUUCAGAACAACUACUAUCAUUACGUCAUAUGCAUAUCUAGGGCCCUUAUUUUCA